CGCGCCCUCCUUUUCUGCGCCAACAGCGGUGUGUCAAACCCAGCGAGGCCGGGCUGCCUGCCGCCGGAGAGACCCGGAGACCCGAACGGUAUCGCAGCGGGGUUUAGGGGGCUUCCUCCCCCGCUUUAAAAUUAACCCCCCGCCCCUGAAAGGUGUUCUAGUCGGCUCACUGCUCUCCUGAUGUCGGACUUUAAGCUCGGGAUUGUUCGGCUCGGCCGUGUGGCCGGGAAGACAAAGUACACGCUGAUCGAUGAGCAGGACAUCCCACUGGUGGAGAACUAUGCCUUUGAGGCACGCAUGGAAGUCGACGCUGAUGGCAACGGUGCCAAGAUCUUUGCCUACGCUUUUGAUAUUGGCAAAGGACGCUGGGCGGGGAGACCGCUGCAUGAGCUGCUCUGGGAGAAACACAGAGGAGGGAUCGCCCCAAGUUUUCAAGUGAUCCACAUCAACUCUGUGACGGUUGACAACCGGCUAGACAACCUACGACUGGUGCCUCUCGGUUGGAGCCCCAAGCCGGAGGAGAUUUCCAGCAAACAAAGGGAGCAGUCACUGUACUGGCUGGCCAUCCAGCAGGUUCCAGCCGACCCGGUGGAGGAGCAGUACCUGGAGCUGAGCCGCACACGCUACUACAACGCCAACGGCGAGCUGGUGGAGGAAGAGGAGUGCUCGUGCACGUACUACGAGUGUCACUACCCGCCGUGUUCGCUCAUCGAGAGGCGGCUUCGUGAGUUCAAUAUCUGCGGACGCUGCCAAGUGGCCCGCUACUGCGGCUCCCAGUGCCAGCAGAGGGACUGGCCCGCCCACAAGAAGCAGUGUCGAGAGCGCAAGCGGGCGCUGGCGUUGGAGUCGGAGCCCGAACGGUGAUCUUAUCGUUGCCUCGGAAGGGAAGGGACGGUGGCGGGGUGGGACCCGGUGGGUGGCAAAGGGGUCUUGAUAAGCGGGUUGUGCGUAAGAGACAACCACAAGCGACAUUGCGCUUGCCUGACGAAUGGGAUGCAGAAUGAAACGGAGGGUGCACUAAGAUGGACACCUGCCACUCCCUAGAACAGUCAAUUCUUCAUGGCUUGCUUCAAACGUGGACGACAGGAACGUUUAGUUUUUUUUUCUCGGGGAGGCGUUCUCGAGCUCAACCUGCUGCUGCUAAUCGUUCCGAGCGGUAUCGACUUGUCUUGCCGACCAACCGGAACAUAGCUUCUUUUGGACCGCACGGACAUCCUCACCCGGGUUCUGUUGAGGAGGCUUCCUCUGCUAAACGGGUCGAACCCCUAGGGGGCGCUGCAACGGGACCAUGUCACUGUAUUUCCAGUGGGGCACGCGGCCGCCCUCCUCACACAACCUUUUUUGUCUGCUGUUGCCGCCACCACCCCAUCAGAAUGGAUGACACUAACAGUAUUGUGUGCGUGUGCGUGUGUGUGUGUGCGCGCUCAUGAGUGAACACGUCUUCUUAAAGGGGCCAUAUUGCCGUUAAAAUGUUGUUUAAUUUGUCACUGUUUCAUUGUAAAGUAGCUGCUGAAUCGUGGCAUUUUUUUCCUUUGAUAUCUUUAUUAUGAUGGUACAAAGUUUCCAAACAAAAACUACCUACUUAAAUUCUCCACUCGCUGGCAAUAUUUGGUACUCCUUUUGUUUUCUACUUCACGACACAACUUAACAGUAAUCACAGGUGUAAGCAAUUCAUUUUCAAUAACUUGUGUGUGCACAUGUGGAGUUCAUUGUGAGCGUGUGUGUGUGUGCGUGUGUGUGUGGAGCACGGGGGUAUUUCUCUGAAGAAAUUCUAUCAGUGGAGCUAUAUUUAUUUAAAAUAUUGAUUGUGAGAACCUAUUUAGCCCAGAUGAUAUUUGAAGGCAAACUGAAGUGGACAAUAUGGGACCUUUUUCUGCAUUUUUUUUUUUAUGACUUAUUUGGGGUAAAGGGUUUACUACUUGAUUAUGUGUUAUUUAGUCACGCCCUUCAAAGUUUUUUUGUUUUUUUUUUGCACGCUGUCACGGAAAUCUUCCAUGCGUCUCGAACUUUAAAACUUGAAUCCUCCCACCCCUACCCCGGACUCUUUUUGUUGUAUUUUAUUUCAGAGACUAUUUUUAAUUAUGAACUGUGUCAAAUUUGCCUUCCACCUUCUGCUCACAAUGCUUAAAUGUGUCCUCGCUGAGGAGUCCAGACACUUUUGGAGCAUGUAUGUCCCCACAUUUACAUGCGACUCGUUGAUUGUGUAAUGUAUGUUUGUGUGCGUGUGAGAGGACAGGUUUUCACCACUGCACUAAAAAGUUAGCUCCCAUGUUAGCGCAUUUGUCGUAGAUGGGGUGUGAGUUGGACAUUGUCUGAUUUUUUUUAUUUUUUAUUUUAUUUUGGUUGGUUUUGUAAGAGUAGGAACAUAAAUCACUUAGAAAUAAAGAGCUACAAUAUGUGAAUAGAGUUGAGGAGGGGAUAACACAAUUGCUUUUCCAAUGUAAAAUGAUUAUAAAUAAAAAUGAACCACAAUAUGUCUUUAUUUUU